AUGGCUUCACUCGUGCCUCUACUGCCAUUUGCCCCAGCCUCUGAAUCAUGGGACUGCUACCUCGCUCGGUUCGACUGCUACCUCCAAGCAAAUGAGCUGACAAGAGGGUCUGUAGAGCAGAAGCGGGGCCUCUUCCUCAGCCUUUGUGGCCCUGAGGUGUUUGCGACGGCCCGAGCAUUGGUUGUGCCUUUAGCAGUCCAGGCAGCGCCGUGGGACACGAUUCAAGAGAAGCUCUGCAACCACUACGUGCCUAAGCCGUCCAAGAUUGCUGCCCGCCAUGCGUUCUACCACCGGAACCAGGCAGAGGGAGAGUCAAUCAACAACUACACCGCCGCCCUCUGA